AUGGCGGGUAGCCUGCGAAAGCGUCUUCAAGAUUCACGAAACAGAACCUGUGUUGUGCACCAGCUAGCCAUUGUUCGAAUUCUUCAGUGGGUAACGCUUUGGCCUUCAACUAUACCAUAUAGUUAUUUGGGAAUAUUUGGUAGAUUCCUUAAUUAUUUAGUGGAAAACCACCACAAAUGGGUAUGCUACGGGUUCUGGGUGUCCUGGUUGAUUCACGUAGUAGAAGCCUUCUACGGUGUUAAGUUAUGCCAAUCUAAAGGAAUCACUGACCCGUCAAUUCAGUUUCAAUGGUUCAUUCAGACACUUUUGUUUGGGUAUGCUUCCUUUGGUCUUCUGGUGUCUUACAAACCUUCAGCCAAGAAGCACUAGUAGAAGACUGUGAAAGAAGUAACUUCUCAUGUUCUUCAUCCUCAUUUUUCAGAAAAUAUCCUCACUUAUAUGUCUAGGUGCUAUAAUUAGCUAAAUUA